GGAUCUGUCUAGCUCGUCUGUGUACUGUACCGCCGAACAUUUCUUGUGGAAAUCUUGACAGACGAUAACAACCAGACUGUAUACGUUAGAUAGAUUCUGCGUUUCCCAUUUUUGACGGGUUGGGCCCCUCUACCUACAACGUCCCACCAUGCCUCUGGUUACGAGGAAUAUAGAGCCGCGGCAUGUGUGUCGCCAGACCAUCCCUUCCAACAUCCGCAGUGAACUGGAAUGUGUCACCAACAUCAGCCUGGCCAACAUCAUCCGCCAGCUCGGCAGCCUCAGCAAAUAUGCAGAGGACGUGUUCGGGGAGCUGUUUGUCCAGGCUGCAGCAUUUGCGCUGAGAGUUAACACACUGGGAGAUAGAGUGGAUAGUCUGCAGGUUAAAGUCACCCAGCUGGACCCCAAAGAAGAGGAGGUCUCUCUGCAGGCCAUCACUACCCGUAAGGCCUUCCGCAGCAGUCUGACCCAGGACCAGCAGUUGUUCACCAGGCCGUCUCUGCCAAUGCCUGUACAGGACACCUACAAAACCUGUAAUCCGCCCCCACCACUCAACAACCUCAGCCAAUACCGGGAUGAUGGGAAGGAGGCCCUGAAGUUUUACACUGAUCCCUCCUACUUCUUUGAACUGUGGAAGGAGAAGAUGCUGCAGGACACCAAGGACAUCAUGAAGGAGAGACGCAAGCACAGAAAGGAGAAGAAAGACCAUCUUAACCAACGGACACUCAACCCGCGAAAGAUCAAGACCAGGAAGGAUGAAUGGGAACGCCGAAAGAUGGGGGAGGAGUUUAUGGUGCCAAAGAACGAUUUGAUGAAUUCUUCUGAGGGCCUAAAUGGCAGUAUUGGAUCUGGAGACGGCUUUGAGAUGAGUUCCAGCUCCUACGCUUAUGAACCCUGCUCCCCUCUCUCUCCGCCUGGCACUGAUGACUUCCUGCCUCCUCCACCUCCAGACAUGGCGUAUAAUGACGGAGGAUACGGAGUUCCAACCCCGAAGAGUCCAAACCACCCACCUCCUGCUCCUCCCAUGACCUCUCCCAAUGCCAACUCUCGCCCCAACCUCGCCCCUCCCCCUGCACCUCCUCCCCCUCCUCCACCCUCUGGCUUUGGGGUUCCCCCACCUCCCCCCGGCUUCGACUCCACACCUUCCCCUCCUCCGUUCUCCUCCUCUCCAUCUGGCUAUCCCUCCCCACCUGCUCCCCCUCCUCCACCUGCUAUGUCCAAUGUUCCUCCUCCUCCACCACCACCUAUGCCUGCAGGUGGCGGUGGUCCACCCCCUCCUCCUCCACCACCUCCCCCUGGCCCACCUCCCUCAUCUUUUGGCAACUCUGCUCCCCCUCCUCCCUCCGGUGGUGGGGCGCAACCUAGCUCUGCUCCUAAACCUCCGCCAGAGCCUGUUGAUGAUCCUCGUACUGACCUGCUGCAGGCCAUCCGACAAGGUUUCAACCUGCGUAAAACGGAGGCCCAGCGGGAGCAGGAGAAGAGGGAUCACUUUGGCAACGAUGUGGCUGCCAUCCUGUCCCGUCGUAUCGCUGUAGAGUGCAGCGACAGCGAGGAUGACUCCUCGGAGUUUGACGAUGAAGAGUGGUCCGAGUAAUAGCCGUUCCCUUUUCACCUUCACGACCACCUCUGUAUCUUUCCUCAGCCUUCAACAACAUCUUCGUAUUUCCAUUCAAAUCACAUUCUUAAGCAGCAGUGCAGCAGGGUUCCCUGUUCUGUGUGUGUCAGAGUUUGAGUGCGUUAUGCACACAUUGUAUGUGCAAGUUCACAUUCCUUGAACCAUUUGUUUUCUUAUUUAUCCAACAUUAUUCCGAGCAGUGCAACGGUCCAGAGAUGGAGUGUGAGUGCGCCUGGUUGUGUCCCCAUUUGCUUCUAUUGAGCGACACGGCGCUGUUAUUGAUGUGAAUGUUAUAUGACGCACGUCUCUCUGCUGAGUCUGUGCGUAAACGGAUCAACUCUGUCUUUAUCUCGGCGUAUAUUAGAGUCAGGCGCCUUCUGCUGUCGGCUAAACGUCUGAUUUUAUCUGCUUAAGGAUAUUACGGCAAAGGAUAAUCGAGAGGGAGCACAGUAUCUGCAUCUGCUCGGUAGAAAGACACAAACUAUCGUCAAAACAUUCUCACUCGUAGAUUAUAUGAUAAAGUACAUGUAAAGUUUAUGUAACAUAUCGAAUCAUAUCUAAAGAUAAUUAUGCAAUCCUUUCAUAUCCCUUUUUAAAGCACCAUUUUUUUUAAUCACUUUUUUCAAUUCUUUCUUUCUGUGGUUGUCACGGGAACACUCAUCACUUGUGGAUGAAACACGGUUGUAGUUUAUAAAUAAAUUCAUGAAUUAAUUAUUCAGCGUGACGGAGAAAGUGUUGGCUCAUGGCAGACACCUGGGGUGUUUGAUGAGAUACUGAACAUAUGCAGACAUUCUCUUUGUGUUUAUUACGCGUUUCCUUCCUGCAGAAUUUUCUUUUGAAAUUUUUCUGGGGAUUAACUCGGCUCUUGUGCUUUAAUCACUGCUCUGUGUAGACUCGGGCAGCACUUGGCCUGCUGUCUGAUAAGUGCCUUUUUUAUACUGCAUUUCAGUGUCAGUGCAGGUUUAUUUUGGUUAUCCACACUGGCCACUGAUCCGCUUCUUCCAAAAAUAUUAUCAGCUGCCGACGAUGUGUGAAAUGUGGAGCCGACUGAUGUUUAGUGAGGACCACAUAUUUCUCAAGUGCCUUUUUAUUUGACAUCCACCUGUGUUAACGCACAAUCGCACAGCAUGCUUUGCCAAAGCUUCUCCUGCCUUACAUUUGCAUAUGAUUAUUGUUAUUUCAAUAAAGAUGGAGUGAAUUACACUGA